GGUGUUGUGACCGUAAUCCAGGAUCAGCAAGUACAAAGACGCCAGAACUCGUGACACUAAUUGUGGCCCCUGGCUUUGCUGCGGUAGACUAUUUCACCUCCACAUAUGCGGCCGGUGGGACCCGGUGGGCCCCUUUCUCCUGCUCUACAGCCCCAGUGCUGGUCCUGCUCCGGGCGCGGGAGAGACCCUUUCCUCCUUGUGUAGAGGAGCAUGAAAAUACCGUAACUGCAGUGACUGUUGGAGCCAUGUCAACGGGGCCCCCAUGGAGGAACUAGAGGAGCCGAAAUGGGCCCUGAGGGACCUGAAUGAGAGGCUGAAGGGAUUUCUGGAGCACGUGAAACAGUUGGAUCAGAUGAAUCGUAAGCUUGAGGAACAGAUUUUGGAAUGGGGAAGAAGGAACGCCAUGACUUCCCCACGGGACUGGAGUGAAAAGGAGGUGCUGGCUCAGGAUCUUCGAGAUCAGGUUACCAAGAUGCUAAUGCAAAAUACAGAGACUUUGUUACAAUGUGAUGCUGUAAAACUCAAAGCCUCAAGUUUACAGACCAGGUGUGAGACAGAGGAGAAACUCUGUUUCCUGCAGGAGCAGCAAGUGUCACAGCUGAAGUUGAAGAAGGAAGAGGUGGAGCUGACCAACACAUUCCUGCAAAAACAGCUUUCUCAAACCAGACUAGAGUUACAGCAAAUACUAGAAGCACAAGAGAGAGACCUGGAUCAGCACCAGCGGAAGGCAGUGGAGGAGUGUGAUAGGGUGCUAGCGCAGGUUGCUGCAGGGGAGGAUGGCAGAGCAAUGGAUCUCUCCUGGACCAGCACCCAGUGCGACUUCUCCAGCCCAGCUCAGAGCAGCUUUGACUCAGCCACGGCAACAAAUCCAGUCCAUGGCUCUGGCCCAGUUCAACAGACAAGGCCCCGAAAGGAUGCAACUAGCUCAACCGCAGCAUUUCCGCCAAAGGUGAAGGCAGGUGAUGAGGUCUUGAAAGAGGCACGAGCUGAACUCACAGAAGCCCGAAAGCAAUGGCACCGUCUGCAGGUGGAGAUCGAAUCGCUAUAUGCACUGGAAAAGAGUCUCCAAAGCUCCCUACGCCACACUCAGCUCCAGUACUCUGUGCAGCUCAAGGACCUCUCCAGGUCCGUGAGGAGUCUGGAGUCAGAGUUGGAGACAGUCAGAGACGGUCUGGAGGUCCAGAGACAGAACCACAGCCAGCUCCUCAACACAAAGAUGAAACUGGAGAGAGAGAUCGCCACCUACAGAAAACUCUUGGACCACGAGGAGGGCAGGUUUCUGACAUCAGAUGGUCAGUCUCUCAAACUGAAGCAGUGGAAAGGUUCAGUUCCUGCUCCAGAGCAGAACGGACUGGCCAACGGAUGUGACGAGGAAAUCACUCAGGCCACUUCCACUGAAAGACCUCCCAAUAAAAGCCCAGUCCUUCAUCGACAGAGGAGUCUUGUCAUUUUGACAGAACCAAUCGGGAACAAAGAUGGGGAGAUCUGUACUGUGAAGACUCAGGAGAUUCUAGAGGGAAAUGUAGUGAGGGAGAGCGCCGAAGGUCAUGGAAGUGUGGAGACAGAAAAGAUUGACAAGGUGAUCAGGCAAUGGGAAGGAUCGUUCUUUCAAGGAAAUCCAAAGUUGAGGAAGAAAUCUGUUUCUCUGCGUUUCAACCUUCACAUGACUGUAGCAGACGAGGGCUGUGGCCAGAUAAAACAGGACAGUCUCCCAAACGUGGAAGUCCGACUGGUCAUGAAGCGGUCCCGCAGCAUACCCACUUUUGCUCAGUGAUGUAACAAUGCAACUAUAUCACAAUUGUGACAUCGCAAUGCUACAACAUCCCAAAUAUGACCUCACAAAGCUUCUAUCACAAUUCAGUAGUGGUGUCGCUGUGGCAAUGUUUUAGUGUCAACAGUCAUGGCAACAAAAAGAAACUGACACCAAUUUACUGACAUUACAGAACUUUUGCCAUGUGCGAAGAAUAAUUAGCAACACAUUAUCAAUUAAGCAGUCGAAAAACAAAACUCAAAUUGCUCUUAAGAUUGUAAAGAAUUAUUGCAUAUAAAGCUACUUUCAGAAAAAAAAUCAAGUAAUAUUAAUUAUAAUUAAUUGAUUUAUGAUUUAUUUUAUCUUCAAACUUUAAUGCUUUUAAAAAUCGGUUGAGAGUAUAUACGUGUUGCAGUGUUUCACGUUUCAUACAUAGUGACUUUAGAGCUUGAUGAUGUUUUCUGCAUAAGCUCUACUGCCACAUUAUUCCUGAUUAUAAGCAUAUUAUAUUAUUAAAAACCUUGAAAAGUAUACUUUUGUAAAAAUGUGUUCAGUUUAAACAUGAAUAGGCCCGAGCCCAAAGUCUUACAGUAAAGAAAAGAUCAAUGCGGUUUUGGCCAAGAAUUUCUCGCUCAGUACAGUGUAUCGAUAGAUGCCUUAUUCUGUCUGACAGAUGUUUCUGGAACUCUAACUUCACACUCUAGAGAACACAGAGAGAGUGUCUAGUUCUCGUUCAGCAAGGAACUCUAGCGUGAACCAAAACAAAAUGUUGCGAAAUUGCAUGGGUAACCAAAACAGAAGAUUUACAGCAACGUCGUUGAACUGUCGUCACAAUAUGGCCAGCACUAACGUUUACUAAAUGAGAAACAGUAAAAGUCCUCAGCCUAUCACUGCAGAAAGAAUGUGAUGCUAAACGUGAAAAGUUGACGAAUCAGUCUACCACAUAAAAAACCCCUUGGCAUUCAGUUUAACUGUCUUUAAAAGUUACAUUGCUUUGCUUUACAGAUGCAUAGUUUACGCUUUAAGGUGCGAAUACUGUGUCUUCCAUUCUAAAAUGAUGCAAGAUUAUUCAGAAAACUUAAAAUAACAUACUCCGAAACAGAAAAAACUAAGAAUUUCUGAUCUACAUAUAUUAAAAAAUGAAAUUGAUGAUUUAUGUACCAUUAUGUUCUACCUCUGAUGCUUGUUGUAUUGUAAAUAAAAGGGGUUCUUCCCGAAGCAACAAAGAAUUUUAAGUUGAACUGAUUCAAAAUGUAUCUAUAUCUCUAAAGUAUGAAUGAUGUCACCUCAUAAAGUGUUUCUGGUUUAGUUGGCUCUUUAGUUUCUUAUUUAAUGCAGAGUCUGGUGUCAUAUACAGUAUGAUAACAUUUUAAUGUUAUCUCUCCUAACUGAAGAAGCACUUUUAAGAAAUGCAAACUUAUAUACUUCUAUAGAAAUUAUAUUUUAAACACUGGUUAAAAAAACAAAACAGGAUGAACGAAUCUUUGGCCUUUACCCAUUUGACAUGCAGUCUCAAGGAUCCUCGACAAAACAUCUCCUUAACUACUUUUUUUCAUCUGUAUUUAACAUUUUCUUUUUUCUUUUCAAUAAAUACCUUAAUGCCUUGGCAGACAUUACACAUAUAGUAGCAAAGAACCAGUUAAGUUGGGAGAGCUACACAUAUAGUUAACUAAACUAUAGAGUUCUUGUAGUGCUAUACAGUGUGCAAUAUUAGGAAUAGUAUGCCAGAGGUGCUCGGAUGGUGUACACAGUCUACUAUUCUUCGACCAUUGGAUUUUCUAAAUGUGCAUUCGUGCAUGCAUUUUGGGCUAUGCCUUAUAAACAUCUGUGUAUAACAGAUGUUUAAAUUGUGUUGUGUUAAUUUGAUGUUAUUGUAAACUGGUAUAUGUCUCAUCACUGUCACGACUGCUAUGUUGAUCGGAACUGCACCCAAGAAUUUCACACACCAUUGCACUUGUGUAUAUGGCUGUGUGACAAUAAAGUGAUUUGAUUUGAUUUGAAGCCCAUAGAGCUGAUUAGGUUGUAUUCCUAAAUGCUGGAAGACAGUUAGCAUUUUUAUUAGCAAAUCCCCCUUGAGAAUUUCCAACACAUAGGUUUUUAUAAUGGCAGUUUUGGAUGUAUGGGUAAAAUAAGGUAUGUAGUUAAGAGUACUACUUUAAGUAUUAAUGCUUUUUUAGGUAAUGAAUUUAGCUAGAUGCUAAU